AAGAGGAAGCCUGAGUCCCGGUGGAAAAAUGGAGUUGGCGACUCGCUCCCAGAUCCCUAAAGAUGUGGCUGACAUCUUUAACGCCCCUAGUGAUGAUGAAGAGUUUGUCGGCUUCCGAGAUGAUGUUCCCAUGGAAACCCUCUCAUCAGAGGAAAGCUGCAAUAGUUUCGACUCCCUGGAGCCGGGGAAACAGCAGGAUGUGCACUUCCGUUCCAAAUACUUCACAGAAGAGCUAAGAAGAAUUUUUAUAGAGGACACUGACUCAGAGACGGAGAAUUUUGAGGGAUUUACGCAGAGUGAUCUGAACGUAAACAGUGUCUCAGAAGCAAAGCUUGAGAAGUCCGAUUCAAGCAAUGAAGAUGAGGCGUCGGCAGUGAGUGAGGAGGAAGAGGACGAAGAAGAAAAGGCUACCCCUCGAAGAAGCAGGCCUCGGAGAGGCAGCAUUGGUCUCCGAGUAGCCUUGCAAUUCCCCACCAAGAAACUGGCCAAGAACCCUGAUAAAAACAAUUCUGAGCCACUGCUCUCUAGCUCAUGCCUACCGGACGAUAAAAAAGGCAUUCUUGGGCGAAAAAGAAGUUACAGGCAAGGGAAGGAAAGGGAAGAUUCUGCCUCUGAGUGUGAGGAUGACUCCAGGGAUGAAGGCCAGGAGAGCUCAGACGCGCUGCUGAGAAGGACCAUGAACAUCAAGGAGAACAAGGCCAUGCUUGCUCAGUUAUUGGCGGAACUGAACUCAAUGCCCGAUUUCUUCCCCGUACGAACCCCGAGCUCAGCUUCUAAGAAGAAAACCGUGAGGCGGGCCUUCUCAGAGGGGCAGAUCACCAGGCGCACGAACCCCACCCGGAGCGCGCGGCCGCCCGAGAAGUUCGCUCUGGAGAACUUCACUGUCUCGGCCACCAAGUUUGCAGAAGAGUUUUGCACUUUCAGAAGAAGGAAGACAAUUAGUGGGGGGAGGUGCCAGGGGCCUAGACGGCGCCACCGGACCUCUUCUUUCCGGCCAGUGGAGGACAUCACUGAGGAGGACUUGGAAAACGUUGCCCUGACUGUUCGAGAUAAAGUCUAUGAUAAAGUUCUGGGUAACACGUGCCAUCAGUGUCGGCAGAAGACCAUCGACACCAAGACGGUGUGUCGGAACCAGAGCUGCGGCGGCGUGCGGGGACAGUUCUGUGGGCCGUGCCUGCGAAAUCGCUACGGGGAGGACGUGAGAUCGGCGCUGCUGGACCCGGGCUGGAUAUGUCCUCCGUGCCGUGGGAUCUGCAACUGCAGUUACUGCAGGAGGCGCGAUGGCCGCUGUGCCACAGGGAUCCUCAUUCACCUGGCCAAGUUUUACGGUUACAACAACGUCAAGGAGUAUCUGGAGAGCUUACAAAAGCAGCUGGUAGAAGACAAUUAAGGGAGAGAAGGACCAGCCCAGCUCACCUUGCGUACUCCUCAAGACAUGCCCUUCGUACCGUUUGUGCCUAAGAUUUCUUAGAGUUGUGUUUUUAUACAG